UGAUUUCUUGUCCCUUUACUUUCUGGAGUAUGGAGCGCAUUCACAUGGCUUCAAAUUUAAGAAGUACAAAAGGAUAGAGUGCCGUAAGUUUCAGUUCUGGGAGUUAGACAAUGUUGCUAGUUCCCUCUCUCUUCUUCCAGACACAACCCACUGAUAAGCACAGACAGUUAGAACAGGUUCCAGACUGUUUUCUACCUUCCUUUCCAUCCCCCCUUCCCUUCAUGUUAUCACUUGGAGCGCUUCCAUAUUUUUUUACACAGCAAGUUUCUUCAUCUUUUUUUUUUUUUUUUUUGACACAUAGCAUUCCAUUGGGCAGAUCAAUCAUGAUGCCACUCGAAUUCCCUCCGGAUGCGAAUUUAGCUCAUCUCCAGUCUUUUGCAGUGGUGUGCAAUCAUCUGGUGCUGAUUCACCUGGUACCGAUGUCAUUUUGCAUGUUUCUGAGCAGAUCUAUCUGGCAGUCCCAUUCCUGGAAUUGUUCAGCUGUUAAGGCUGUUCCAAAUUUCACUAGCCCAGCCCUGUUCAGAGAGGUCCUGUUUCCCACGCUCUGGCUGACAGUGCUCAACAUGUACUUCACCUUAAGUCUGCAGGCCUAUCUCUGCAACAAGCCCUCGACUGCUCGGUUUCGGGCAUUUGAGAUGUGUGGAGCACGUCUCUCUCCUUUCCCUUGGCUCAUCCUUCUCAUCCCCAACCCUUGGCUUUCAUCCUGCAGGUUUCAGCUGAAACACUAUUGCCUCCUGGAAGACCUUGAGGACUGCUCUCACCCCAGGGGGAGACAGGGUCGGACAGCCCGUCAGCCUGUCGCGGAGGCUCCAGCACCAAGGACAGAGCUAGCCCACAGCAUGGAUCCGCAGCCCCCUCCACCCGCCCAGGGCAGCCCACCUCACCGUGGCCGGGGCCGGGGCCGUGGCCGAGGCCGUGGUAGAGGCCGGGGCCGUGGCAGGGGGGGCGCUGGAGCCCCUCGGGCGCCCCUGCCCUGCCCGACAUGUGGCCGCCUCUUCCGCUUCCCCUACUACCUCUCCCGGCACCGGCUGAGCCACUCAGGCCUCCGACCCCACGCCUGCCCCCUGUGCCCCAAGGCCUUCCGCCGGCCCGCCCACCUCUCCCGCCACCUGCGUGGCCACGGGCCCCAACCGCCGCUGCGCUGCGCCGCCUGCCCCCGCACCUUCCCGGAGCCAGCCCAGCUUCGGCGCCACUUGGCCCAGGAGCACGCAGGCGGCGAGGUCGAGCUGGCCAUCGAGAGGGCGGCCAAGGAGGCCGCGGAGUCGAGCUGGGGCUCCCAGGACGCCGGGGCGGAGCAGCCUACCACCGCUGCAGCGGGGGCCGCGGAGGAGGAGGCGGCGUGGCCCGAGACGUGGCCGGCAGGGGAGCCGGCCACGCUGGCUGCCCCCACAAGCGCCGAACCCCGGGAGUCAGAGGAGGAGGAGGCCGAGGCCGGGGCGGCGGAGCUGAGGGCCGAAUUGGCACUGGCAGCCGGGCGGCAGGAGGAGAAGCAGGUCCUGCUCCAGGCCGACUGGACGCUGCUGUGCCUCCGCUGUCGCGAAGCCUUCGCCACCAAGGGCGAGCUCAAAGCACACCCGUGUCUGCGCCCCGAGGGUGAACAGGAGGGUGAAGGGGGCCCCCCUCCCCGGCCCAAGCGCCACCAGUGCUCCAUCUGCCUCAAGGCCUUCGCCAGGCCCUGGUCGCUGUCCCGCCACCGGCUGGUCCACUCCACCGACCGCCCUUUCGUGUGCCCAGACUGCGGCCUGGCCUUCCGCCUCGCCUCCUACCUCCGCCAGCACCGUCGUGUGCACGGCGCGCUCAGCCUCCUGGCCCCGCUGCCCCCGGCGGGCAAGAAGGACGACAAGGCACCGGGUGGACGGAACUCAGGGAAGGGGCCCGAGGGGGGCGAAGGGGCAGAGUGCGGGAGUGCCUCGGAGGGGGGAGAAGGCGGGCAGAAUGGAGGGGACGCCGCCCCGGCCCGGCCCCCUGCGGGGGAGCCCCGCUUCUGGUGUCCCGAGUGUGGCAAAGGCUUCCGGCGCCGCGCGCACCUGCGGCAGCACGGGGUGACCCACUCAGGGGCGCGCCCCUUUCAGUGCGUGCGCUGCCAGAGGGAGUUCAAGCGGCUGGCCGACCUGGCCCGCCACGCGCAGGUGCACGCGGGAGGCCCGGCGCCGCACCCGUGCCCGCGCUGCCCGCGCCGCUUCUCGCGCGCCUACAGCCUCCUGCGCCACCAGCGCUGCCACCGGGCCGAGCUGGAGAGGGCGGCUGCGUUGCAGGCGCUCCAGGCCCAGGCCCCGCCGUCGCCCCCGCCGCCCCCGCCGCCCCCACCAGCUGGGCAGGAGGAGGAAGGGCUCCCGAUGCCCAUUGCACGCAUCAAGGAAGAGCCACCCUCCCCGGGAACCCCACCCCAGUCGCCACCACCGCCGCCGCCGGCUCCCCCUGUCUUCCUCAGCGCCUCCUGUUUCGACAGCCAAGACCACUCAGCCUUCGAGAUGGAGGAAGAAGAAAUUGACAGCAAGGCCCACCUUCGGGGGUUGGGAGGCCUGGCCUCCUGACCUUCACCACCACUCCUGGCCCCUCCAUUUGGCUCCCGGUUUGCAAUAUGGAGGAAGGAAGUCGAAGUAGAGGCGCCUCCUGUCUACCCACCCUUCCCCUUCUAGCUCUCAACACUAAGGGGGGGGGGCUGGACCGCCCCUCCCUCCCAUUGCCCACCCCCUCCCCCGGGUACCCCGACGCUGGCUAGGAACUGCUUGUCCCAACAGGCCUCAGAAGGCAGGACAAGUUGGAAAAGGAGGCAGAGAAUAUUGGCCAGAGAGAUGCAGACUUGGGGGGACCCCCUGCCUGGCUGUCUCCCAUUACACACACUGGACACCGUCACCUCUUUGGAACUGCCAGACCCUGGGGGUCCCCAGUGAGCAAAGGUCCAUCCCUGUCCUUUUGUCUGUCUGUGAAUAAAUGUGAAUUCGUGAAA